UAUCUGCUCACCCACAGGCUUCGUUGGCAAAGUCCUAUCUCUUCAAGAGCAAAUCAAAAUAUCUCCCUCCGCCAUUUGAAUACUACACUUGGAGUGUUCAGGCCAGUCAUUCUUUAAUAACACCACCACCACCACAUUUACGAGUCACGAAUCAUCAUCGUGUCGUCGUCGUCAGCCCCGUCGCAAACAACAACAUCUCACCGAUACUUUCAUACACACACCUUACGUUGUAAACGUACCGACACGCGCGCGCAAAGGGAAACUAUCCAAAGACGAGCUUUGACAGCAUCAAUUGCAACGAGCAAGAAAAAAAGGCAGAAGGACAAAAUCGAUCUCCAAGAAACCAAAAAAUCCGACAAAAUGCAGUUCACCACCUCCAUCCUCGCGGUCCUCGCCGCCCUCCCACUCAUGGUCUCGGCCGACCUGUCCACCACCACCAUGACCAGCACCGCCACCCUCACCAAGACGGUCACCUUGACGCAUCCCCAGGUGACCACCAUCACCUCGAUCCGCGGCAACAGCACCGUCGUCCUUGCCACUACCAACACGCACUUCUCGGUGCCCACGCUGUCGCCCGUCAUCGCCAUCACCACUUCUUCUGAUGCCCCAGUCGCCACUGCGAGCGUCGCGCCUACCCAAUCGACCAACGGCGCUGUCGGUGGCAUGGGUGGUCUGUCGCGCGCUGCUGUUGCCAUGGUGGCCGGUGCGGUUGCUGCCGUGAUGCUUUAAAAUGGCGGUUCACUUGACUAGGGGAGGAGAGGAGGAAGCUUCUUCAAGUUUCGUCGGCCGCAUUGUUGCCGACGGAUGAAGCAUAUUGUCACACCACAUCGCUGCCACAAACGCCCUCAAGCUCUUCGAUGCGAAACAUCACCUCGGCUCUUUUUCAUCGUUUUUGGCAUGCUUCCUAGCCUUUACUGGCGUGAGGAACAUGCAACGCCGCAUCAUCUGGCGGCUCUGGCGCACAUUGUCGGAGUUCAUCACCACACAAACCAACUUUUUGGUCUUCACAAGUACACCAAUGUUCAUAUUUUCACCUUCACACGUUAGAGUUAGGGCUGCUCCUCUGAUGAGAGAACAGCCCACUUACAACUCUACUGGCUACAAGCUUUUGCACAUUUUUAAUACUUUCAUUCGUUCAUUCCAGCACAAAGAAAAACAAAAAAG